AUAGGAAUUUAAGUCUACUCUACUGCGCUGAAAUAUAAAAGACACUCUUCUCCCUCACUCUCUCUCUCUCCCUAGUCCCUACUGUCUUUGUUUCUUUCUUUUUCUUUUUUCUUUUCUUUUUGUUUAAUUUUCUUUUUAUUUCUUUUCUGUUUUCAAACUCUGCUACAAAAAAAAAAAAAAAAAAAACUCAUACUUACCUCUUCGGAAAAUUUUCUCGGCAACCAAAGAGAAGGGUGUGAAUCAAAUGUGAUGGGAAGUGGACUUUCUUACCUCUUCCCGUGUAUCAAACCGGUUAACCGAACUGAACGGACCACGCACCAACCGGACCUGAUCUUUGCUUCGUCUGAGCCCUUGGAUGAGACUCUUGGUCACUCCUUCUGCUACGUUCGAUCGUCUAAUCGUUUCGUCUCGCCAACUCCUUCUGAACGCUUUGUCUCUCCUUCACACUCUCUCCGUUUCUCUCCGAGCCGCUCCGGGUCCGGACAACGUGGACCGCUGCCCGAGACGGGGUUUAAGGCCAUUUCGGGAGCUUCGGUUAGUGCCAAUACUUCUACUCCCAGAACUGUCCUCCAACUUGAUAAUAUUUACGAUGAUGCCACUGAGACUACGUUUACCGGCGGUUACGGCGUGAAGAGCAGUAUUGUGAAUGUCAGUGGUUUCGAAAGUACUUCGUCGUUUAGUGCUUUACCUCUUCAGCCGAUGCCACGUGGCGCUUCUUACGAUGCCUCCGAGCGGGGCCCAUUCUUCUUGUCUGGCCCGCUGGAGCGCGGUGCAUUGUCAGGCCCACUAGACCCGAACACUGGGUGCUCCGACUCCGGUGGGCAUGUCCAUUUCUCUGCUCCUCUCGGUGGCAUUUGCGUAAAGAGGAAGAAGAAGAGGAACAUUUUUGGGAUUUCGGGAAUGCGAAAAGCGUUUUACGAGAAGAAACGGCCGUGGGUGGUGCCGGUGCUGAAUUUCGUUUCUAGAAAGGAUUGCAACCACAGUCACCAUGAAAACUUGGAUGAGGAGGCCGCUGACGUGGUGAAAAACGAGAGGGACAAUGAUAAUGUUCAAUGGGCGCUGGGUAAGGCGGGUGAAGAUCGUGUGCACGUGGUGGUAUCCGAAGAACAGGGGUGGUUAUUUGUUGGAAUUUAUGAUGGUUUCAAUGGCCCGGAUGGGCCCGAAUUUUUGAUGGGUAAUCUUUAUAGAGCUGUUUAUAAUGAGUUGCAAGGUUUAUUUUGGGACAUUGAGGAGCUAGAUAAUGAAGAAAAGAAUGCUAAUGAUGAUAAUACGCAGGAAACUGAAACUGAAACUAAAAUUGACCCAGUAGUUUUAAGUAAUGAAAAUGAAACGAAAGAUGGAGAGAGAGCUAAAAGAGUGACUUUUGAACCCGGGGGAAUAGAAAGUAGGAGGAGAAGAUUAUGGGAAUUUUUGGCCGAGGAGGACCCGGAAGAUGGACUAGAUCUUUCUGGGUCAGAGAGGUUCGCAUUUUCAGUGGAUGAUGCCAUUAGUGUCAACAAGGAGAGCUCGGCUGCUAGCAGGAGAUGGUUGUUAUUGUCAAAGUUGAAACAAGGGUUGUUGACAAAGCAUAAGGAGGUUGGUUAUGGGAGGAAGUCAUUGUUUCCGUGGAGGUUUGGACUGCAGGAGAAAGAGAAGGUUGGAUUAGAUGAGAACAAAGUAGAGGAGAAGGUUGUGAAGAGUGGAAAGAAAAGAAAAGAGGGCCCAGUUGAUCAUGAAUUGGUUUUGGCGGCAAUGUCCCGAGCUCUAGAAUUGACUGAGCUUGCAUACUUGGAUAUGACAGAUAAGGUUCUUGAUACGAAUCCAGAGCUAGCAUUAAUGGGUUCAUGUUUAUUGGUUGUGUUGAUGAGGGAUGAGGAUGUGUAUGUGAUGAAUGUGGGUGAUAGUAGGGCAAUUGUUGCACAGUAUCAGCCUGAAGCAGUUGGAUGUAGUGUGGAGAUGAAGCGGCCUGGGGAAACUGGGUCAAGUAUGGAGGGUAUAGUUGAGGAAUUGGCAGUGGCACAGGAUGAAAUGGGAAGUAAGGUGAGGACAAAUGAGGCUUCUGCCCAACGAAUGAAAUUGACUGCAUUGCAGCUUUCUACUGAUCACAGCACCAGCAUUGAAGAAGAAAUCAUAAGAAUAAAGAAUGAACACCCUGAUGAUACCCAAUGUAUUGUCAACGAUAGGGUGAAAGGCCGUCUUAAGGUCACCAGAGCAUUUGGAGCUGGAUUUCUGAAAAAGCCCAAGUUGAACGAUUCAUUAUUGGAAAUGUUUCGAAAUGAGUAUAUUGGCACUGCUCCAUACAUAUCCUGCACACCUUCUCUUCGUCACCAUAGACUCUGCCCAAGAGAUCAAUUUCUGAUUCUCUCAUCAGAUGGUUUAUAUCAGUAUCUGACCAAUCAGGAAGUGGUUUCAAAUGUUGAGAAUUUCAUGGAGAAGUUUCCAGAUGGUGAUCCUGCACAGCACCUAAUAGAGGAGCUGCUCUACCAUGCAGCUGACAAAGCUGGGAUGGAUUUACAUGAGCUAUUAGACAUACCUCAAGGAGAUCGCAGAAAAUACCAUGAUGAUGUUACUGUUAUGGUGGUUUCACUUGAAGGACGAAUCUGGAAGUCAUCAGGAAAAUACAUUUGAAAUCUUCAUGAUUUGGUGGUAAUCACCUUUUGGAAAGUUUCAACUCUUGCGUCAAGUUUCCUGCUAAUGAUUCGGAAAUGUUGAGGUGCCGAUCCAUUUUUCAUUAGUUCGAUAACUGCGUUUGGGUCUUACAGCAAAGCAUACAACUGAUAGGAGGAAGGUCAAAUGACACAAGCAGACUAAUGUUAGGUAGUCAUUAAGAAUUUAGUCGAUGCCUGAAAAUUCAGUUCAGGAGUAAAGAUAAAAUGGGAAGGGUUGUUGGGAAAUGCUCUUUAGGGAUUAUAAAUAUUUUCUUUUAAACUUUUGCUUUACCUAGAGAUUUGCAUAGAUGGAGGCUUCCUUUUUAUUAUUUUCUAUUCAAGGCAGAGAAAAAAAGAAAAGAAAAGAAAUAGUUUGUAGCUUCGUUGGGCUGGUGGGUGGGGGGUAUACUUACUGAACUGUGAACAUUUCCUAAUGAAAGGUGAGCAUCUGUAAUUUUGAAGGUGGAUUUCCACCCUUGCGGUUCA